AUGUCAACAACAGAGAACACAACAACUGCUAUCGUUCAUGAAGCUAUAAAUGAAGAAUACGAGUACAUACAGUAUAACAAACAACUCCGUCUCAUUCGUUCGGUCAAAGACGAUAUGUACCAAAUGCAAAGUAUUUUGACAGCAUGUUUUGCUCCAGAUACCAAGCUUCCUAAAGACUGGUUUAGGAACCAAAGCACCAUUGAACUAUUAAAUGAAGCACAGCGAGACAUACUUUUUUCUGAAAACAGUGAAGAACAGCGAGCAGGUAAAAAACCCCAGUCGCCAAAACUCUAUGAAAAUCGUGAAAAAUUGCCAAACGGUUUGAGAGGUUGGUAUGUACAUAGACUUCUUGUAAAUGCUGUUGCAAUGUGGGCUUCGCCUCGUUAUGCUUGGAAUAUUUACAGACUUCUUGACGAAAUUCAUAGACAAGAAC